AUGUUAACUAAUGUUGUAAGGCCUCAACAAGAAAUGUUGUGGGGGUUCAGGAGGGAAGGUGGGGUCGUCCAAAGGUUGGGAAAAUCUUCAGUUGAAGGCGAGGCAGAUGGGACUAUUAGUGAAUUUCAAGAGGACCAACGCCUUGCCGGCUGCGCGGGGCGUGCCGCCGCCGUGGCCUCAUUUUUGCCCUGCGCCCCACACUUGAACGCGCGGCGCCUUUUGACCCCGCCGCCGCGCCGUAGACCGCGCUGCACGCCGGCGAUCGCCAUGGCGGAGGUGUCGGAGAGGACGCUGCAGUUGUCCGUGCUAGUAGCCUUCGCCUCUGGAGUACUCUUGGGCUGGCAGGCGAACCGACUGCGGAGGCGCUACUUGGACUGGAGGAAACGGAGGCUGCAGGACAAGCUGGCGGCGACGCAGAAGAAGCUGGACCUGGCCUGAGACUCCGCGCCUUCCGCCCUAUUCGAUCCACCGCAUGGCCACCUUGCCCUGUUCGCACCGGAGCUCCUGUCCGGCGGUAGCCAGAGCCAGGCUUGUCACACAGUCCCCGCCUGCCAUGGCCGGCUCGUCCUGGAGUGUUGCUUGUUGAAGAUGCAUUGCAUAUAGACUACUGGAAAGAAACGACUUCUUCUUGCACUUUAUAAAUCAAUUUUAUUUUUAAAAUAAAAAAAUUAAACAUCUU